AUGAUCCGCAAGGCGACAUUCGAACUUGGCCGCUGCAUUCGAGAGACCGGCCAGGCUCUUGAUCGUCUCGGUCUUCGAGUAUUGAAUGACAAUUCGUUUAAGGAAAAGUUCUCUCGCCAUCGUCAGGUCAUGGCGCUGUACGACAAACGACCGAAGAUUGCACAUGACGUAUGGGUUGCGCCAAAUGCCACAAUUGUGGGUGAUGUCGAAAUUUGCAAUGAUGCCUCGGUCUUUUACAAUGUGGUGAUCCGUGGCGACCUCAACCAGGUGCAAACAUUGGUAACGAUGUCACAAUUGGCCAUGGCUGUACGCUCUACUCGUGCACGAUUGAAAACAACGCGCUUAUUGGCAUGGGUGCCAUUAUCCUCGACGGCGCUUUGGUCGAGUCCAACACUAUCAUCGCUGCUGGCAGUGUUGUGCCCCCCUGGACGCCGUGUACCGGCCGGACAGCUCUGGGCUGGUAACCCGGCCAAUUACGUGCGCGACCUCUCAGACGACGAGGUGGCCGACAUCACCAAGCAGGCCAGUGAGUACAAGAGUAUUGCCAGCACCCACAGUGACGAAUUUUUGCCCUACGGCACGGCUUACUUGGAUGCUGAGAAGAUCAAGGCAGCUGGUGGCCACCUGUAG